UGUUUUGGGUGGAAGAAAGGCGAUCGGUGUGCGUUCGGUGGAAGAGACGCUGAGGGUGGUGCAAAGCAACGUCGUAGUUUGCUGCUGCAUCUGGUGCAUAUCAACGAAAAGAAAAUUUCUUCCGGAAUAAUCCAAAAGUCCGGAAUUCGGUUCCGGUUUCGGUGAAGUGUGUUUUGCUUUUGUGACACGGAAUAAACCUCGAAAAAGAUUGUGGACGCGUUGAUUGAACUACCGGACGACGAGAUUGCUGCGGCCAGGCCUUUGGAUGUGCUGUGUUGUUCGCUGUGCUGCGUCAACGGGCCAUCGUCGUCACCAGCGAUGAGCAGCCAGAGUCAUAAGAUGUCCGGUCCUCACGCGUCGUGUUCCAGUACCAAAACCGCUGUCGAAGAGAUCGAACUCACGGCCAGAUUCAGCGAACAGAUGGCUCAGCUCUGCAUGUCCUACGACUACUCGGACGUAACAUUCAUCGUCGAAGACGAGAAACUGCCCGCCCAUCGGGUUAUCCUGGCCGCCCGUAGCGAGUACUUCCGGGCCUUGCUCUACGGUGGCCUGUCCGAAUCGACCCAGAAUGAGAUUCAUCUGAAAAUACCGUUGAAGGCUUUCAAGGCCCUGCUGAAGUACAUCUAUUCCGGGAGCAUGUCCCUUGCGCAGAUGAAAGAGGAAAACAUACUGGACACGUUGGGGUUGGCUAAUCAGUACGGCUUCACGGAUCUGGAGAUUGCUAUCUCGGACUACCUACGGCAGGUCCUGUCGUUGAACAACGUCUGCGCCAUUAUGGAUGCGGCCAAGCUGUUCGAUCUGGAGGGUCUCACCAGUGUGUGUCACGCCUUCAUGGACCGCAACGCGGAAGCCAUUCUCCAGCAUGAGUCGUUCAAGAACCUCUCGCAGGACGCCAUCUGCAGUCUACUGCAGAGGGAUUCGUUCUUUGCCCCGGAGGUGCAAAUCUUCCAGGCCGUGCACGAUUGGUGCAAGUGUAAUUCGGACGGCGAAAGCAUCGAGACGGUGGUCUCCAUGGUGAGGUUCUCGCUGAUGACGCUGGAGCAGCUGCUGCACGUGGUUCGGCCGUCCGGGAUCCUGAAUCCGGACCGUUUGCUGGAUGCGAUUGCCGAGAAGAUUGCGUCCACGCAGUUGCCAUACCGAGGGGCUUUGUGGCCUGAGGAGAAUGUCGCUUGCAACAAGUUCAACUCUCGUACGAUCCAGGGCGAGCUGCGAUCGGCCCUGCUGGAUGGGGACACCAUUUCCUACGACAUGGAAAAGGGCUACACUCGGCACUCCAUCAGCGACAAUGGCGAUUCCCAGGGCAUCGUCGUGGAGCUGGGAAAGCUGUUCAUCAUCAAUCACAUCAAGAUACUGUUGUGGGAUCGGGACACCCGGUCGUACUCGUACUACGUGGAAGUCUCGGUCAAUCAAACCAACUGGGACCGGGUUGUGGACCACACGGAUUACUACUGCCGCUCAUGGCAGUACCUCUAUUUCCCCUCGCGAGCCGUGCGCUACAUUCGGUUGAUCGGAACGCACAAUACGGUGAAUAAGGUCUUCCACGUUGUCGCACUGGAGGCGAUGUUCACCGAGAAGACAACUCCGGUCGUGAAUGGCAUUGUGGCACCCAGCUACAACGUGGCCACCGUUGAUCGGAGCGCCACCGUGGUCGAAGGCGUCAGUCGCACCCGAAAUGUGCUACUCAAUGGAGACGUCAAGAACUACGACUGGGAUUCGGGUUACACCUGCCAUCAGCUGGGCAGCGGGGUCAUCUUGGUCCAGCUGGGACAGCCCUACUGGAUCGGUUCGCUACGGUUGCUGCUAUGGGAUUGCGACGAUCGCUCGUACAGCUUCUACAUCGAAAGCUCGACCAAUCUGAAACAGUGGGACAUGAUCGUCGACAUGCGGAAAGACCGGGCGAAGUCGUGGCAACACUUUGUGUUUGAUCCCAGGGUGGUGGUCUACAUCAAAAUCGUCGGCACGUACAAUACGGCUAAUGAGAUUUUCCACUGCGUCCACUUCGAGUGCCCCUCGCAGGACCCCAAAUAUCUGAAGAGUGAUGCCCGCGAUGGGCUCCUGUCGCUGGCCCUGGCUGCCGCAAGCAAUGGCAAUAAUCCGCUCUCGGGAGCAGCCGGUCUGCUGGCGCAGGAAAUGUACGGCGUUGCGGGUGGCGAAGGCGCUGCAGGAGGACUCGCGGCAGUUCUGGAACCACAGCCCAGCACCAGUCGAGAGAGCACCGUUAGCACCCGAGAAUUGGUAGAUUAGAGGAAGGGUCACAUUGGCGGGAAGGGAGAGUUAUUCGUUCUAUAUAUCUAUAUAGGAACGUAACUAAUUAUUUAUCUACUUUUGCUACUCUUACCCACAAAACAGCUCUAAUCACUAAUAUAGCCGAGCUGCUUACUCGAAGAAACGAGUGGAUGAGAAGAUGGUUACAGUGAAUAAUGGUUUGCGAUUUGAGAAAAGGGGAAUUCUAAAAGACUGUGAAAACUGUUCGCAUAAUUUAUGAUAAUGGCACACAAACUGCGGUUGUCUAUAAACCAUAAAGUCCUAUUAUUGAAAUCUCAUACCUCCUUCACCUCGUGACUGUUUCCUCAAUAAAAAAUACUUAGAAAAAUUAUAUGGACCGUAGUCUAUUCGUAAGUAGGGCCACGUGGUUUAUGGAAACAGAGUUAGCCCUAAUUUUAAACUAUGCGAAAUCUGUCGUUGGAGUUUCGUUAUGAUGAGUAUAGCUACAAUAUCGUACCUAUGGCAUACCCCUUUUCUUCACUAAUGCACACAUUAGCCUUGGUAGAUUGUGUAUCUAAUUAUUUAUUUUUUUAUAGAAUCGCUUUAAAUUCCAGUGUAGGAUGGUUUUUGUUUUAUUUCGAGAUGAACAUAAUAAACUGAAAAAAUAUAUAACGCGAUUGUUUUAACUCCUAAA